ACAUAGUAGCAUAAGAAUUAAAAAAUCAUAAAACAAUUAAUUAUAAAUGACAACUUAUUAUGUUCCAGUGCUGCUGGCCGGUGUCAUCGCUCAGAACGGGUAUGACUACAACAGGCCCAACCGACCCUUCGGCCAGGGAACAUCGUCGAGCCGGCCCGGGACAUCACCCGGGUCAGGCAGCACCACCCCAUCCUACUCCCUCAGACCUCAGAGCGACGACUAUAACGGCAACGGAGGUCCAACCACAGGCUACCCGUCAGGACCACAAAACUACCCUAACUCAGGAAACCAGAGACCAGGAUACCCCGGCUCGUCAUACCCAGGACAAGGCCCCAGUGGGCCCUCUGGUGGCUAUCCCGGACAGUCCGAUAACUCCUACAAUCAAGGACGAGGGCCUACUAGGUAUCCAGGUCAAGGAUCAAGAUACCCCGGACAAGGUCAAAACUAUCCUGGACAACCUGGCUCUAAUUACGGUACUACAAGUUUUUCUGACACUGGUAGCUACGAAGGCGGUGACUAUUCAGCUAUUCCUGGUGAACCCGAAAUUGAUUAUCCUGUACUUUCAUACAUUCCUCAAACUUCGUUCAGCUGCAAGUCUCAACAGUUACCUGGUUACUAUGCUGAUGUCGACGCACGUUGCCAAGUAUUCCACGUUUGCUCAAACAACAGGACCUAUGACUUCCUCUGUCCAAACGGAACCAUCUUCUCACAAGAGGACUUUGUAUGCGUCUGGUGGAACCAGUUCACCUGUGAGUCUGCUCCUGGUUUGUACCAACUGAACGCUAAACUAUACGACUACUCUAAAACAGGAUCACAAUCAAAUCAGGACUACCCUUCUAGCUUCAAUGAUUACCCUGGCUCUUCGUACCCAGGAAAUAGAGGACCGCAGGGACCGUCUUCAUAUCCAGGAUCAGGUACCUCACGACCAUCAAGCUAUCCGGGAAGCUCCGGGCCUACAACACCAUAUCCUUCAGUCACAUUGACCAGCUCUUACCCAGGUUCUCAAAGUUCAUCAGGAGGUUACCCUAGCUCACAAGGUCCAUCUGGGAGCUAUCCUGGAUCUCAGGGAACGUCUGACGGUUACCCUGGAUCCCAAAACUCUGGAAACUAUCCAAACUAUCAAGGACCAGGAUCUUACCCUAGCGGCCCGCAAGGACCAUCGACAGGACCUGGAAGCACAGGAUCUGGUUACCCAGGAUCCGGACCGAGCACAUCCUACCCUGGAUCAAGUCCUGGGAAUCAAGGCUAUCCGUCAGGUAGACCAAGUGGGCCUGGUUACCAGAAUGGGAACCGAGGACGACCAGCUCAAAAACCGAACAGAGAAUAUCUCCCACCUAGAAACUAGAGGUGCCCCUAAAAUAUAGGCAAUGCCAGGAAAAAAA